AUGGCUUCAACAGCGUCCAUCAAAGUCAACAGAAAACGCUUCGUGCCGGUUGAUCUCUCCGGUCAACCAAUUCCCCAGAGCCAGCGCUUCGCAUAUUCCACUUCGUCGGUCGCUAACGGCACUGUCCGCUCUCAGGCCGUGUAUGCAGGAUUUGUCGCUGUCUUUGUAUCUUUUAACAAUUCGGCCAUAGGCCAUACGUUCUACGAUAAGAUCGAGCAUAGGUAUGGCGAAUACAACAUCAACCUCUGGGGAAGUUUUAUUAUCACCUCUGUCUUCUUCUGGCUAUGGGCAGCCAUCUUUGCCACCCCCGACUUGACCGGAUGGCCCAAGUGGCUGUUUAAGUACAAAACCCAGCCAUUUGUGAGGGUCGAUGGGCGAGCUUAUAUUCGUAUUGCAUGGAUCGCUCUUCGAAAUCAGAUCUUUGUAGCUCUGCCUUUGACCUUCGCGGCUUCGAUGAGAAGCCCGUUAAUGCCAGUAAGCUCGGCCGCGUUGCCCUCAACCGUCGAAACAAUUGCAACUAUAUUUUGGGAUAUCUUCUGCACGGAAGUGGGAUUCUACUAUGUCCACCGCGUGUUCCACUCAAAAUUACUAUAUCCGUUAUUUCAUAAGCAACACCACGAAUUCACGGCACCUGUUGGACUAGCAUCGACCUAUUGCACCAUGACUGAGCAUCUCUGUUCGAAUCUCUUACCCAACAUGCUGGGUAUCGUACUUGUCCGGCAUCAUUGGUCGCAGGCGGUUUUCACACUCAUCCUUCUCGAAUUCGGUACAAUAUGUACGCACUCCGGCUACAAUAUCCCGUGGAUGCCUUCAAACUUGCAGCAUGACUUUCAUCAUUUUUCCUUUGAUGAAAAUUUUGGCCCAACGGGCUUUCUGGAUGCCAUCCACUCCACAGAUCGAAAGUUUCGAAGAACGAUGGAAGAUGCCAGAAUUCGAGUUAACGGGGACGAAGAACGGGCGAGACAACCGAUCCUCGAGAACCUGGCUAAAGCCCAAUAA